AUGACACCCGAGCCCCUUACCUGCGAUAGAAGGGUCAUUCUGGACCUGACCGACAAGAAUCUAUACGACGGAUCGAUCUGUCUCCCCGCCAUGGAGGCAGCAGCAGCAGGAGAUGGCAACGGCGUGCCUGGCGCCCGACUUCUGCGUCGCUCUCCGCUGGCUUGCUUACGAUGCCGGCAGCAAAAAAUGAAGUGUUCUGGCGGUACGCCGCCCUGUGAUCGAUGUCGCAAGGCCAACAGCCUCUGCGUGUUUGAACCGCCUAAUGCUGCGCCGCCUCAAUCAACAGCAGCGCUGUCGAGGGCCCUGAUGCCCCUCGAGUGCUCAACCCAUCCCGACACACAGCCGCUCAUCAUGUGCGCCAGCGCGCCGCCUCACCAGUUGCGCAACUUGGCCGCCGAACAUCACGAACCACGCCCCAGCAGCUGCACUUCCACCGACACGCCAGCCUACGCCCAACAACCGUCAUUGCCAGACGGCCGAUUCAUCUUGAACCCUCCCGGAGCCUCCCCCUCUCUUCCCCUGCCUUCGCUCGACACCUCUGGUCACGAGCUGAUGCUCUCCCCUCCAGACAGCAACGGGUUCCACCGUCAAAAGCGGAGGCGCGUGUCAAGCGGGCCAAACGUCGACAACAUCAACAGCCACUCCAACGACACAAAUACCGAAUCUUCGGCCAGCGGGCCAGACACAGACAUAUCUGAUGCUUCGUCUCCCUAUCACACUGUCAAAGCCUUUGAAGCCGCCUAUUGGCGGGCGAAUGGCCAGGAAAGGUUGUCUCCACGCACGCCAAUUUCCUGCAUCGAGACUCGACCUGGGCUCGUUCUCGAGACCAUGUUCCCUCAGUCGAUUACUGACCGCGGACCGCUACUCUACUAUUUAUCCGAGGUCGGCAUAAGCAUGGACGAUGCGAAAGACAUGUUCUCUCUUUUUGGUGAGAGGGUUGCGCCGUUUAUGCCAGCACUCUAUAACGCAGACUUUUCGGAGCUCCCAAAUGACCCUAUCUACACGCUGGCGAGCCUCAAGGUUAUGGCAAGGUAUCUACCUGGCGUCAAUGCUCUAAGAUCAAAAGUGGACUUGACUUUGCAAAGCCUCUUGCGCAACAUCUUGUUCGACGACCUGCAGCGCCCGUUUGAUACCGCCCUAGAGUCUAUGCGGGGGCUCGCCAUCAUCUACGGCUACUCCGAAGUCGGGGCCGCACGAUCACAGCUGGACACACAGCAAUCCGAGGCGGACGCUCUCUCAAUCAAGGGUAUCAUCGAGGGCUAUGCAGUAAGACGGAAUAUCGGUAGACCGCGGCAGUCCAACGUCUUAGGCUGCAUCCUAUGGCUAUGGCUGUACACGAUGAACAUAAACUUUGUUAACUUGCUGGGUUGUCCCCCAACCCUGUCAGCGGAUGAAAGACUCAGCGAAGCCGUCGCCGUCGUGAAGCAAGGCGUCUCGCACCCGCAGAUCGAUGUGCUGCUAGGCGAAGUAGAUCUCUGCCGCAUCGCCCAGUCACGACGCUCGCCGAUGCUCACGGCAAGUUUAACAGACGGCCCCCGCGACUACGAUGACUGGGUCCAGACCUGGGGUCCAGUCGAGUCCCAACCGGUGUCCGUUGGCAGAAGGCUGCGCUUCCACUUUAGGUUCGCCAUGUUUCACCAACACGGCGGCCGCAAAGGUCCUGCUCCAACCGACAGGGAGGCGCUGAACGCUGCCCAGGCGUUUCUGCAGUGCAUCACCAAACUGUCGCCCGUUUCCAAGGGCAGAAUAAAGUACAUGUGCGACUUUGGCUUCGUCAUGCUCGUGUCCGUCUGCUGCUAUAUCCUUCAAGCACUAGAUGCCCUGAAAACUCAGCUGGUCGACGUCUCGCACCAGGCUUCGUGCCUUGAUGAUAUCGGCGACGUUGCGGACCUUCUCAAGUCCAUAUCGUCUGCUCCGGAUGCUUCAACCACCGCCUGCGGACGCGCACUGGAAGCUGCGUGUGACAAGUUUUCGACCUUUAUUUCACCGGCAGCGAGAGGCAGGGCGAAUCAAGAGGAGGAGUGGGGAGGUGGGCAAGCCUUUGGUGCCGUGGACCAGGCCAAGAGCAACCCCUUGGCUGAGCCGGGCCACGUCGGGCCGAAGAGCGUGUCCAUUCGUCAGCCGAGCCAUGGCUUGGAUGCGGACUGUGGCAUGCAGCAAGGGGACGCGACGAUUGAAACUGCGGCUGGACUUCUUGGAGAUGAUGGCCUACCUUGGUUUGGCGUCAUGUCAGACAUCCCUGGAGGGGGCUUGCCGGAUACACUAUGCAUUGCAUGGCAGAAUUGA